AACCUCCGCCGUCUGACGGGGGUUGGUGGUGGCGAAGAGGGCAGCAGAAAACCGAACAGCCCGGGCUUCGGGCACAACUUGCCUUCAAAUGUAAGCUAACUGGGUUACAGUUUGUAUUUGGGAGGGCGAUUAGAAACUGUCAGAUAUAGUUUGACCAUCUCCCCUGGUUUCCGGUAACCUCAACCCCCCCUCUAGAAAGAAAGUGGAGUCGUCCAACGGUAAAGCUGUUGGAGUCGCUGUGAGACGAUGUACUCGAACAGGUCCGAGCACAGCCACAGGCGGCAGUACGGCGACAGAAGCUCCAGGCAGUGGGACGAAUACGACGACUGGCAGGAAGAAAGGCGAGAACCUCACCGAGAGACGCCACGGGAUUCCUACCAUAAAUAUGGAGGCGAUGGACUCGGCAGCACAGAGCGGAGCUGCAGGAGCAGAGAGUUCAGUGACUCUCCUAAGAGGCUCUACAGUAAAGACUCGCUGAACAGAGAGCGCAGCAGAAAGAGCCCAGCGAGGAGACGCAUGUCUUCGCCCGUCUGGGAUCCCUCUGAAAAGAAGAAGCGACGGUUUGCAGAGAACGAUGAAAGCGAUUACAGAUACAGAGGUGAGCCUCAGGACAAAGGCUACUGGCAGCCGGACAGUUCUUCACGUGCACACGUCGCCAAGAGCUUCAAAGAUGCACCGCCGCAGGAAGACGAGUUCAAAUACAGGAAGACUCCUCAAGACUCCAGACACAGACAUCGGCACGAGGAGUUUCCAUACAGACAACUACACAACGAGUUAACCUACAGACGGUCGUCGGGGUGCUACGAAGAUAGAGACGCUGAUGAACGGAGCCGAGAUCGCUCACAGGAGAGGACUCGGUCACAGGAUCGCUCCACGAAGAACUACACCAAACCCAGAGAGAGGCCAGACAGCCCGUCCACGUCUUCACAUCACGAGGAUUAUCGACAGAACAGAACACGCUUUCUGCUGAAUGAAUCCAGUAAACAGUCUUUUGAGAGUGACGUCUCCACCCAGAGUGCUGCUGGUCCUGAGCCGAGGUCAACAAAGGGCUUCCAGCGUUUCCUCGACGUUCUCAACAAGGGCGUGGACGUCGACGUUCUCACCAAGAUCGUGACCUCCUCAGAAGUCAAAGAUCAACCGCUGUCUCCGACUUCCUUCAUGAACUCUGCAGACCGUUCGUGGCGGCAGCAGAACAACUGGAGCGAGCGCGAAGGUUCCCACCGCAGAACAGCUUCUCCACAACCUCGCCACAGGUCCCUCAGUCCACACAGGCCGCCUCCGUCCAACGACAAGCCUCAGCAACAGAGCGACGGCCGGCAACGCUACUUCAGCAGAAGGUCCAGGUCUCCGUCGGUGGCGGAGAAGGUGACACUGACGCCUGAAGAUGAGCACAAACGCAGGCAGAUGCAGGAUGUUCUGCAGGCCAUCGGCAUGGAUUUGGGAUUCGAGGAGCUCGGCCAGAUGUCCCAUCGAAUCCAGGAGCGGCUGUACGGGAAGAAGGAAGGCGACAAGGGCCGCAAAGUGAGUAAGGAAGGCAGCACGUGGCGGAUGUAUUCCCCGAAACGUCGCAGCAGGUCGUCGUCCUCGAGCAGGUCUAGUUUCAGCUCGUUACCUCGAGAGUAUCACGCUAGAAAAGACUCGUACAGCGCUCAGAGGGAGGAACCAGAGGCGCAGCAGCUACAUCAGGCUGCUGACUACGGCCAGAUGAUGAGCUCUUUACAGGACAGCGAAAAAUGUCAACUCAACCGGGAAAGCUCUGCUGCACUGCAACCGUUUCCUCCGACUUCCACCUAUUCUGUGUCGGAGCCUCCAGCUCCCCCCGCGAUGCCAACGUAUUCCCCCGUCAGCUGUUCCCCGCUGCCAUACCCGCCUCUGUCCCCGGCGCUGUCUGCAGCUCUGCCUCCCCUUUUACCCCACGCCGCCCCCGGGGUGUUCCUGCCCCGCCUGCCUCCCUUCAUGCCUUACCCCCGCAUCCAGCCUCUGAACAUCUUCCCGGCCAUGCUCGCUCAAACGAGGCAGCUGUACCCGCCGCACAUGAACCAUCCGCGGCCGCCACUCUUCGGCCUGCCGGAUGUCAACACAGUUCAACCUCUGAACACAGCACAGAAGUCAAAGACGCUGUCGAGGCCCCGCUGUUUGCAGGUUAUCGAAACCAAGCAGCCGGGAUGAAGACAGCGGACAUGAGACUUUAAAGCGGACUUCAGGGAGUCUAGUUCAAACCACAAACUACGUAUUUGAUCAUCGCAGCAGAGAACAAGAAACCUGACCAGCAGCAACACAACGAACACGUUAGCCGUGUUUCCAUGAAAGUACCGCUUUAGACAAGGUUUGUGGAAAGAGCAGAAUACUAAAGAUGUGCGUGAUUUUGCACAGAGAUGUUUUAUGCUCACUUGAGUUAGUUUUGAAACCCGUUUUCUGAAGAAGUUGUCGCGAAUGUUUAAAAAAUGUUUAAAAAGCACGACAGGAAGGAAUAAUUACAACCGCCCGACUGAAUAUCACCUUCUAAAGACGUUUCUCGAUUUUUCUCUCGUAGUUGGAUAAACUUUUGCUGUUUUUCUUCAAGGUUUAUGGGGUUUUUUUUGAGCAGUUUGCAAACUACUGUUUCUAUUUCUGGCUUCUUCUACUCUGUUUAUGCCUUAACGUAGCCUCUAGCGCCACCUGCUGACCACACCAUGCAGCCUACUUUAUUCUCUCCAAAGCAGGUAAUGGAAACAAGCCUGAUUCACAUUUUGUUUUUCAGAUUUUUUUUUUUCCUAAUUCGCGUGGAACAAAUACAUGGAAACACGGCUAACAGUAUUUGGUCACAUGUUGAGCCUGUAGGUGGCGCUGGAGUUCUAAACAGUGCAUAAAUCCCAAGAGAAAAACACUGUGCAGAAAGUGUUUUUGUUUUGUUUUUUCAAUCUGAAAGCUUUGUCUGCUAAAUUUUGUUGGUUAAAAGCAGUAUGAAGACAAUAAUUUCAUACGUUAAGAUGUUGAAAUUCUGUUUGUCCACAGAAGCCUUUAAUCCUGGUGAAUCAGCAGCACACAGAACUGUGUUCACACUCGAGCUUCUCUGUUUGUCAGGUCGAUUCUCUCUCUUCUGUAUCCACGCAGAAAACUGUUGUAUAAAUAUUGAACUGCAUAAUAUUAAACACUAUAAUUCAAAGUACAA